AUGGACUACGUGCAAAUUUAUGAUGAAAGAAAGAAAAGCACGGCUCGUCUUCUCAUUGCUGCUGAUAAUAUUCUUAAAAAAGAUUAUUUAAAUAUAUACUUUCGUGGUGCGAUUGGGAUUUUCUUUUUUGAUCAGCAAUUGAAUCAAGAUGUUUAUAUACCACCAGAUGACAAUGGAAAUUUCAGAUUUAAUUGGGACCAAGACAUUAUCUACAAACUGGUAUAUUCUAAUGAUUCUCGAUCUCUUUCGAUGUCAGCAUCAUCCAGCACAACGAAAUCGUGGAAUAUUUUGACGAUAAUAGGGAGCAUAAUCAUCAUAUGGCUUGGUUCCAUGAUCCCCUCAUUAUGGUCCAAUUUAUACGACGACGCAAUCAAACAUUUUUUCUAUGAUUAUAAAUUGAAUAUGCAAUCUGAAGGACUAUACUGGAUAAGAGUGGUUCUUUUGCUUGUCAUCUCCGUGAUUUACAUCGCGUCCAUGGUUUAUUUCACACCAACAUUAAUUAAGUCGGUUGUGAACAAAAUCAAGAAUUAUUUUCAAAAUUCCCCGAUAGACACUUUACGAUAUAUUCCUCCAAGCCCAGCUCCACUUGAUCUCUAA